GCAGCUCUUGAGCAUCUGAUCUCUCCCAUUUCUGGGAUAUAUUUAUUAUUAAUUUUAUUUUCCUCAUGCUGUAUUGAAAUCCAGGCCUGCGACCGAGACCAGCAGUGCGGAGGAGGGAUGUGCUGUGCUGUUAGCCUCUGGAUCCGCAGCUUGCGAAUGUGCACGCCGAUGGGAAAUUUGGGAGAGGAGUGCCAUCCUUUGAGUCACCGAGUCCCCUUCUCUGGACGGCGGAUGCACCACACCUGCCCCUGCCUCCCCAGCCUGGCCUGCACACGGACUGCUCCCUCCAAAUUCAAAUGUUUACCGAACUUCCGAAAAGAGGAUGUCUUCUUUUAG